AUGGGCCUCACUGUCCUACUGCGGAGGUGGAGAUGGGCCUCACUGUCCUACUGUAGAGGUGGAGAUGGGCCUCACUGUCCUACUGCAGAGGUGGAGAUGGGCCUCACUGUCCUACUGCAGAGGUGGAGAUGGGCCUCAUUGUCCUACUGCAGAGGUGGAGAUAGGCCUCACUGUCCUACUGCAGAGGUGGAGAUAGGCCUCACUGUCCUACUGCAGAGGUGGAGAUGGGCCUCAUUGUCCUACUGCAGAGGUGGAGAUGGGCCUCAUUGUCCUACUGCAGAGGUGGAGAUGGGCCUCACUGUCCUACUGCGGAGGUGGAGAUGGGCCUCACUGUCCUACUGUAGAGGUGGAGAUGGGCCUCACUGUCCUACUGCGGAGGUGGAGAUGGACCUCACUGUCCUACUGCAGAGGUGGAGAUGGGCCUCAUUGUCCUACUGCGGAGGUGGAGAUGGGCCUCACUGUCCUACUGCAGAGGUGGAGAUGGGCCUCACUGUCCUACUGCAGAGGUGGAGAUGGGCCUCACUGUCCUACUGCAGAGGUGGAGAUGGGCCUCACUCAACUCUUACCUAA